GUAUUCUGUCACUGGCUUGACACUGUUUGGUAAAUCCUCUUUGGUGAGUGGAAUACUGGAGUGGCAUUCAAGCUGAUGUGAUUGAAACCUGCGAAUAUUGGGAAGCCCGUGAACCCAAACAGGUCCUGCUAUGGUGAGGUGUGUCAGCGAUGACGGAUGUGGAGGCGACCUACGAGGACUUCAUCGCCUCUCGACGGACCGGCCGCAGGAACGCCAUCCAUGAUAUGCCGGCAGCCCCUGGAGCGGAGGGACCCUCCGACCUGUCACAGAGUCUGGCACAGCUCAGCAUCAACAAGUCAGGUGAUGAGGGAGAAAACAGCGGGAAAAGCCAGGACUCUCCACCUAAAGAAGAGGAGACUCAAGCUGAGGGCAGCUAAACAGAAAUUUGUGGAUGCUUCUUGUUAUCUACUUGAACUGGCCAGUUGCAUUUAAUGACAAGGCGAAAUCCUCUACUGCCUCCGUCCCAGCAUCAGGAAGUCAUUGCUAUGGCAACCACAGCGCAGUUUCCCCUCUGCACUUGGGUGUGUUCCAAUUUCCUUAAAAAGCCUCCUUUCCUUGCUGCCUUUUCUUCUUCGUGGCUGCUGAUAUGAGAUUGGAUGUGACGCAUGGUGAAUGCAGCGUGAUGUCAACAAAAGCAGCCCUGUUUGACCGUCAGCUAUCCUGAGAGGAAAGGAGAGAAGGGAAAAGAGGCCAUUCAAGGUUUUUGGGGCAGACUUAAGUGUUUCCACUGAUUUAAAAUGUUGUCAGUCAUCAUGUGGCUACAUCACUGCAGGGGAACCAAGGACAGCGAUUGGACACCUAUACUCUCCCUGUGCUCCCUCUAUCAGAGCUCACUGUUGACUAUUUCUAUCUCCCUAAAGGAUUUUCUUUUGCAUAUUUUUUUUAUUUAUUUACUACGAGCUCUAUAUAUCUAUUGAACUUUGGGUUAGCUUGCUGGACGUCACAGUUACACUCCAGUGUUUUUUCAAAGUUAAACUGAACAGGGUGGUAUUGGUAUUUUGUGUGCAGACACCACUGAUUCAGUUUGAAAGAAAUGUGGGUAAAUUAUGCUGCAAUCUGUCACUUUUAAUAUUUCAUUAACUGGUCAGACAGGGUCAGUCCAAAUCAGGUCAAUGCACAGGACAUGCAGCAUUUAUUACUGAGUUUUAGGAACAAUAUUGAUCUGCUCUUUCACUCUGUCAACAUGAUCAAGGCAAAAGGCUAAUCGAAAGAGCAACUGUUUCAGUGUCUGACUCCCUUACUCCUUGCUUUGCUCUUGCACACUGACUCAUAACCUUGCAAAUAUUCACCAGCCCUUUUUUUGCGCCCACUGCCAGGCCUCACAGAUGCAGCCAGUAUGUGCUUCUCCUAGAUUUUGCAUCAUUAUUAUCCUCCCUGAAUGCAGCGUUUUAGAAAAUAUAUAUUCAAAAUAUUGUGAAGGUCUAAUUCGAGAUCUUUACAUUUACAUGAAGGUAACACUUCAUUUUACAGGUCCGCAAAUUUCAUGGUAAUUAGGUGGUAAUUAGCAAGUAACCUAUUUGAAAUUUCUUUGGAAUUACUGCCAA